AUUAUACCAUUAUAUCAUAGUUUAAAGGAUGGACGAAUCAGUAUUCUAUAUAGCGGAAGGAGAUCCCAGUGAUAAGAAUUCCCAGGAAUCAUUUGCAUCUUCAGGAUCUAUUCAUACUUCUCAACAACAUGCAUCAUUUAGACAAGCUGAUUGUCCUAAGAAUGGGGCUCUCUUAACAGGAUUUGGUCAAGGUCAAAGAUUAUUUGUAGCAUCUGCUAAUAAGGCAGUAAUUAAUGUUUAUUCAUGGGGUAAAGAAGGGGUUGAUCAAAGAAUACCGAUUCCUGAAGCAUUAAGAUGUUUAGCAAUUAUAAAUCAUCCACAAUCUCAAAAUGAAAAGUCAUCAUCACAUAAAUUAUCAACUCCAACUUUUAAAAUACCUUGGUUAUUAGCAGGAGGUUCAAAAUCUGGUAAGCUUUAUAUAUGGGAACUUGCAUCAGGCAAUUUAUUAUGUGUUAAGGAUGCUCAUUAUCAAGGUAUUAAUGCAGUACAAUUCUCAAAUUGUGGUACAUAUAUUAUAACUGCUAGUGAAGAUUCAAGAUGUAUGGUUUGGAAAACCCUUGAUUUAAUUUCUGUCUAUUAUAAUGAUAUUGACCAUAUGAGAAGUGUCAAGCCAUAUUAUUCUAUAUCCGAUAAUACUUUAUCAAUUACUGAUAUUGCUAUUACUCAAUCUGGUUUAUCAAAUGAUUUGAAAUUGUACACUGUAUCUAAAGAUAGUACUUUAAGAAUUUAUGAUAUUACUACUAAACAAUUAUUAAGUACUUUUGUAUUACCUUUUGCAAGUGAAACAUUAGUAGUUGAUCCAGCUAAUAGAGCUGUAUAUGUGGGAUUAUCUAAUGGUUUAAUUCGUUCAAUUCCUUUAUAUCAAAUUAAUCCUCAUUCUUCAGUAUUAGAGAGUGUUGGAGGUAAUAAAAAGAUUAUAACUUUGGAUAAUGAUCCUAAUUUGAAAUCAAGUUUUAUUCAUCAUCAACAAAGAAUCAGUAAUGACAAUAAGAAUAAAUCCAUUUUACACAAAUCUUCUAAACAAGAAGAUGAUUCAAAUAAACCUAUAUAUGUUACUAAAUUAGCUAUAUCUACAGAUGGUACUAAUUUAGUGUCUGGGGAUUCAUUAGGAAGAGUAUUUAUUUCAGAUAUUGGAUCUAAACAAGUUGUCAAAUCAUUUACACCUUGUAAUUCUCCAAUUUCAUUUGUUCAAGUUAACUCAGUCCCACUUAAUGUGAAUACCGAUACUAAAAUAGAUAAGAAACAUAGAUUAUUACCACAAUUGAAGAGAGUUCUUGUAAACAAUGAACAGAUAGAUCAUCAAUUGUUUAUGGAAAUCACCCAUAUUGAUGAAAAUUCUGAUGAGGAGGAAGAUUUUGAACAGUGGUUAAUUGCCAAACUGAAUGAAGAACUUGAAUUCAAGAACCUCUCUAAUAUCAGAUCCACUAUUAAGACUGUUUCUAAUAACAAUAAUAGCACCACUGCCAAUGAUGACGAAUUGCAAGACAAAUUAGCCAAAGUAUCCAAAGCAUAUACCGAGUUACGCAAAAAGCACGAAGAGUUGAUACAAGAACAUUCAAGAGUAUUAAAUAAUUUAUAG